AUGAGUAAUCACACCAAAGUCGUCGACGGUGUCGUCGUCACCAACACUGACAUACCCCCUCCUAGAGACUGGACAAACGUAUAUGAUGAGAUUGGUGGCGACAUGCGCUGGAACGAAGAGGUGGAAGCGACGGUAAAAAGCCGGGGCCUCGAUGGAGAUAUCCAGCCAUUCUACGGCAAAUGCUCUUAUAGGGGGGAGGCCCUCUUCUUGAUGCAGGUGGGCGGCCAGGACUUCUUCUUCUGGAAUGCUCUCGACGAUUCUAUGUACCGUGUCAACGGAAACUUAAGUCUCGAAAAGAUUGUGGCAGGUCUUGAUGAAGAGGGAUUAAAUGCAUUUGAACUAGGAGCUCUGAGAGGGGACAAGUCUACAUCCAUGACACUGGCCAUCUUACUAGUAGAGAUCAGAAGUUUUCUUCCUAUGAACGUAAAGCUCCUUCGAAAGUGCAAUAAUAAUGACUGUGUAAUAGACCACUUGGACUAUAUGAGCCCUGAGAUGUGCUCCUUCCCCAAGGCGCACUGA